UGGGCGUUUGCAUGGGGUAAAAAUCCAAUUGACAAGCUGUAUAUGUUAAAAUGGUCCGGCUUGGGAUCUGGCUUGGGAAGUAAUGCCUCUUGUUUUUUCAUCGGGAGGUAGAAAAUUUUUGAGAUAGAUUUAUACAAUAAAGCAAUAUCUGCCUAUUGGGGAAAAGAAUAGAUCCUUUUUUUGCAAUACGUUUGAACCGUUGUAAGGUUCUCAACCCAAAGUCAACCUCGCUUCCAUCAUCAAUUAAAUCUUUGAUAGGUGUUUGAGCCACAUCACGUGAAUCCUUCAGCCACACGUACUCCAAGUCUUGGCAAUAUCGAAAGCUUUCUCUCCCCUCACCAUCUUGUCGUCGACGAAACACAAUUGAUUCAACGGUCACCGCGCUCACUUGUCACAAUGGCCACCUCAAUAUUACAACGACUCUUAAUGCCGUCAAUACGGUCGACGCCUUCAGUCUCUGCCUCUCGUCCCACCACACAAUCCAUCACAAACCAACUCAAAUCAAUCACAGUUUCCUCGUCGCGGACGUUCUCCUGCUCGCCAUCCCAUGCCGCAACAUACAAUCAAGUCCGCCGCGGCUGCCGUACUGCACAAGCUAUGCGUAAAGCCGUCUCUCCUGCUCUAUCAACAGUUCAGGCCCCAGCGCUCAAAGGUGUAGCACUGAAAGUCGGAAUAACAAAACCAAAGAAACCUAAUUCGGCGGAGCGAAAAACCGCCAGAGUUAGAUUGAGUACGGGGAGAGUGGUUACGUGUUAUAUUCCGGGCGAGGGACAUAAUGUGCAACAGCAUAGUGUGGUAUUGGUCAGAGGAGGAAGGAGUCAAGAUUGUCCGGGUGUGAGAUAUCAUCUGGUUAGAGGGGCGGGAGAUUUGGUGAGUAGAUUUCUGUUUACUUGUGGAGUUAUGAAGGGGUGAGCUGGGAUAUUGUGUAUCUAAGAGAUGGAUUGGCAUGGGAAGCAUGGCGGAAUGGAUUAUGAUGUUUAUGAGGAUUCAUGCUAAUACAUUUGCAAUCACAGGGAGGAGUAGGAAAUAGGGCAACAUCACGAUCGAAGUACGGAACCAAAAAACCAAAGAAGGCGGCUGCAUAAGAGUUGAAGUAAAAUAGGGUCAGUCGGAGGUAGAAGUCGCAUUAUAGAGGAAUAUUUGCGUACGCGAGAUUAGGGAUACCAGCGAUAACACAUCCAGCGAAAGAAAGACCAUGGCCACUGGAAUAGACCGAGGCAAUGAGAAUCAACCUUCUGGUGACAUGUACAGGAACUACGGGCUCCGUGAUUAGACAAUAACGGGGGUCGAUUGUACAAUACAUAAAAAUUCAAAAGAGCCAUGCAUAAAACUGGAUUAGAUCAAAGUGCUCACAGGA